UGAAAUUGAAAAUUACUACGCUUUGAAACCGGCUUCAAAAUUUGGAUGUCUUCUGCGCAGUGAAGGACUUGCUGCAAGUUUACCUUCUCAUCGCUGCGCGAACGAGCUCGAGAGGGCGCGCUGUAUCGAAAACAGCGUGAGAUGAUAAUGACUGAAUGAGGUCUUCGUUCAAACUCUGACAAAAUUGUGUUUAAUUUCGUAAUUUUACGUUACUUACAUGUAUUCGGUUUAAGAAAUAGUGAAGUCAUGAAUGAAGGGUGGCUUGAGCUCGAGAGCGAUCCAGGACUGUUCACAUUGUUAGUUGAAGAAUUUGGUGUGACAGGCGUUCAAGUGGAGGAGAUCUACGAUCUACAGAAGCCAAUAGAGGGCCCCGUCUAUGGUUUCAUAUUCCUAUUCAAAUGGAUCGAGGAGCGACGAGCGCGGCGGAAGGUGCAGCCCAACGGAGACGAGGCGUACCUGACCGAUGCAGAGAUUGCCAAGGAGAUGUUCUUUGCUCAUCAGAAAGUGCCCAAUUCCUGUGCCACACACGCCUUACUGAGUGUGCUCCUGAACUGUGGCAACAUCCAGCUGGGGAACACCCUGAGUGAUCUGAAGCACUACACCAAAGACUUCAGUGCGGAGAACAAGGGUUACGCCAUCGGCAAUGUGCCGGAGCUGGCCCAGAUCCACAACUCCCAUGCCCAUCCAGAACCCCGACAGAUACCGGAGAAGCAGACUGGAAUCUCCACGACCAGAGCCAGGGAGACCUUCCACUUUGUCAGCUACGUGCCCAUCAGUGACAGGCUGAUUGAACUGGAUGGACUCAAGCCACAUCCCAUAGACCACGGACCUUGGGGAGAGAAUGAGGACUGGACAGAGAAGUUUCGGCGGGUGAUAAGCGAGAGGCUUGAUAAUGAAGGUGGUUCGUCAGAUAUCCGCUUCAAUCUGAUGGCUGUAGUGGGAGACAGGUGUCAAUCCUAUGAGCAGAAACUGGACACUCUCAAGAAUAAUAAGCAGAUCAUUCUAGACGCCCUGGACCAACUGAUUCGUGCAACCCACCCGCAUCUAUUCCUGGAUGGAAAGCCCAACCUGAUCCACGCUUCAGCAACGUCAACCUCAGCUCCCAGACCUGAAUUGAAGGACCGUCAUGCGCCCGUCCAGCAGCCCAGUCCUGCCCCUCACCACACACACCCCCCUCCCCAGGACCAUCCCACUAGCAGGCAUUCCAUCGACAGGGAUCUAUCGGAUCCAGACUGGGAGCCCAACUAUGCCCAGCGUGGUGGUAACUCAGCUGUCUCCUCCUCCAAGAGAGAGAAAAAGAAGAAGAAAAAGAAGAAGAAGCACAAGAAACACAAGAAACAUUCCAAGAAAGUCAAGGUGUUUGAGAGCAUUCCACAAUACAGGCUUCCGCCUGCGCUUGACAACCACAACUAUGCCAAAUCCCCUCUCAUGUCGGACGAAGAUGCGUCAGCCGCCUCCUCGACAUCCUCAGCCAGUGAAUCAGAGAGCAACUACCUGACAGAUGAUGAGAGCGAGGAGGAGACAAGAGGUGCGCGGUCUGAGGGGUACAGGACUGAGGGCAUCCUCAAGAAGCAGGGUCUUGAGGAAAGGGGAGAGGUAUCAGGCCCAAGGGUGACCUUCAGAGAUCCUAGGAGGCUUCCCGAGGACUCAAGCAGUGAUGUGUCAAGACAGCUUAGCAUCCAAACUGUCUUUGACAGCAAGGAGAGUCCUCCAUCCUCCUCAAGCAGUGCCAGCACGGACACUGCCUCUGAGCUUGGCAGUGCCUUUAACUCCCCAGUCUGCUCGGCCAUGGGUUCCCGCUCCGGAAGCCCCAACGCCGUCAAGAUGCUCAAGUUCCAGCGUUGGAAGGCAAGCACCAUCAUGGAUGCCAGGGAGAAACUGGAGGCCUCAAUGGCUUACACCGAUUAUCAACCAGAAGGGAAAGCUGCUGCCAGACUGCCGCACGAAAGAUCUGUGCAGACCAGACGAUCAGCUCAUAGAGUGUUUGAAGGAGAGGACAUCUCAAAACCAUUUAGCCAAGCGGAGUCCAAGGCAUACUCCACCCCAGCUCAGUCCAGCCCUUCCUCCCUUCUCUCACAACAUGGCAAACCACCGUUUGAACAAAGUGAUCUGUUGGAGCUACUUAAGAGUGUGGAAGCAGAAAUCGACGGGUACGAACAAAAACUCCUAGAUGAGAAAGAGAAGAGGAAUAAAUAUAAGAUUGACGACUGCCGUCGCUCCCACAACUACGACCCUUUCAUCUGCACGUUCCUAGCCAUGCUUGCCGAGCAGGGCAAACUAGCCAGCCUCGUGGAGAAACACACCCUGAUCAAACGUAGGCAAGGGGUCAGCCUGGGACGACUCAACAAGAAGAACAAUCGCAAGAGAGAUAGGCGACGGAGGAAAUCACGGCCUGGAUCUGUGCCAGCCAAGAACAGGAAAAUACGCUGAGGACAAAGUUCCCUUCUUGAAAAUCAAGUAUUAAAAGAAGGGAGUGUGAAAUAAGACUGCUGUUUACAUUCUCUGUUUUCAUAUCUAUAUUUUUAAUUUUAUAUAUUCACUUAUGUCCUCCUAAAAUUCAGUUCAACGGAAUUUUGAUUACAUCAAGAUGUUGUAAAUUUUAAUACAUGUAGUUCGUUUUGCCCUUCGUGAAUGAAAUUGCUGUCUGGUACUGAUUGCCAAGGCUUACAGCAAACCUUCACUACACAAGGCUGAUCAAUUUUGUCCAUGAAGGGCAAAACACAAAUAUUUAAACUGACAAGUUCAGCAAGAUUGACUGUAUCCCCAGAGAAUUUGUAGAAACUUGUUAUAUAUUAACAUGAAAAAAAAACCUUUGAUCCCUCCUCGAGGAGAUACAGGAAUUCACAAGAGGGCGCUGUUCACGAUUUGUAGUUCCACUGCAAUUGCCGAAACUUUGAUUUUUCCAUUGAGCAGGUGGGGUUACCCAGGUAACAACGUACUUGCAGUGCAGAAAACAUUAGAAAGGGGAAAACAAAUGAAAAGAGAAACGUUGAAUAAAAAGGAGGAACAGAAUUUUGUAAAUUGCAUCAUGAUAAUGAAUUCCAUCAUAAUAAAUCCGAUACCUGCUCAUA